CUGAUUUCGUUUCAGAUUGGUGAUUGUUUGGAGUUCGAGCAUUGGCGAUGAGGAAAUCAGCGUUGCCAUUGCAAAAUAUGUUUGGUACUGAGAAACAACAAUGUGAAAAGGAGAGUCUUGUGAAGAUUUUAAGAUGGCAUUUUGGCUAUUCUGCAUUCAGGGGGAACCAGCUGGAGGCCAUUGAAGCUGUUAUUUCAGGAAGAGAUUGUUUUUGUCUCAUGCCUACUGGAGGUGGAAAAUCAAUGUGCUACCAGAUUCCUGCAUUGGCAAAACCUGGAAUUGUGCUUGUUGUCUGUCCUUUAAUAGCAUUGAUGGAAAACCAAGUCUUGGCAUUAAAGGAGAAAGGGAUUGCUGCAGAAUAUCUGUCAUCUACUCAGAAUUUAGUUGUCAGAGAAAAGAUCCAUAAAGAUCUUGACUCUGGAAAGCCUUCUUUAAGGUUGCUCUAUGUGACUCCAGAAUUGAUUGCAACAACUGGCUUUAUGUCAAAGCUAAAGAAACUGCAUGCUAGAGGCUUGUUGAAUCUAUUAGCCAUAGAUGAGGCUCAUUGCAUUUCAUCAUGGGGCCAUGACUUCAGGCCCAGCUACCGAAAGCUUUCGUCUCUAAGGAACCACCUUCCAGAUGUGCCAAUAUUGGCUUUGACAGCAACAGCUGUUCUUAAAGUUCAGAAGGAUGUGAUGGAGACGUUGUGCUUGCAAGACCCUUUAGUCCUGAGGUCAUCAUUCAAUCGUCCUAAUAUAUUUUAUGAAGUUCGAUAUAAAGAUUUGCUCGAUGAUGUCUAUGUGGAUCUGUCUAAUCUACUCAAAUCUAGUGGAGAUGUAUGCUCAAUUGUGUACUGUCUUGAACGUACAACUUGUGAUUAUUUAUCUGCUCAUCUUUCAAAGAAUGGCUUUUCCUGUGCUGCUUAUCAUGCAGGCUUGAACAGUAAGCUGCGAAGUUCUGUUUUAGAUGACUGGGUUUCCUCCAAAAUUCAAGUUGUUGUGGCAACAGUUGCUUUUGGGAUGGGGAUAGAUAAAAAGGAUGUCCGGAUUGUUUGUCAUUUUAAUAUUCCAAAGUCAAUGGAAGCCUUUUAUCAAGAAUCUGGAAGAGCUGGGCGUGAUCAGCUUCCCUCGAGAAGUUUUCUGUACUAUGGAAUGGAUGACUGUAAACGAAUGGAAUUUAUUCUGAGCAAUGCUGAAAGCAGGAAGUCACAAUCUUUAGGUUCCCAAGAUGGCUUGCGAAAGAAAUCUCUAGCAGAUUUCAAGCUGAUGGUUGAAUAUUGUGAGGGGUCUGGUUGUCGUAGGAAAAAAAUUCUUGAGAGUUUUGGAGAAGUGGUGCCUGCAUCAUUAUGUGGAAAAUCAUGUGAUGCCUGUAAACAUCCAAAUCUAGUUGCAAAAUACGUGAAGGAAAUUACAUGUACUUCUAGUACUUUACGGAGGAAUGCAUUCACGAAUGUCAUUAUUAGCAGCUCCUCAAAUAUGGCCGAUGAUGAUGAGUACACUGAGUUCUGGAAUCGUGAUGAUGAAGCUAGUGGCUCUGAGGAAGAUAUCUCUGAUUAUGAUGAUACUGUGGAGGCUGUGAAAGGCGUAGCCCGAUCAAAAUCAGGACUAAAUCAGCGAAUUGAAUUCUUGCAGCAUGCUGAAGAGGAUUAUUAUCGGAAAAGAACUCCUAAAAAACAGAAUGGUAGCCUUGUUAACAAUAAGGUCAUAUCUGAAGCGCAGAGGGAAGCAAGCAAAGAAAGACUGUUAAAUGCCCUAAAACAAGCCCAACAUGGAAACUUGAAGAUCGAAUUGGAAGCAUCAGCCUCCUACCUUGAAAAUGAGUGCUUCAAGAAGUAUGGGAAAUUGGGAAAGACAUUCUAUAAUUCACAAGUGGCAAGUACGUUUAGGUGGGUGUCAACUUCAAGCUAUAAGGAGUUGAUGGAUCGGCUUGGCACCUUUCUCACACGGGAGAGUGAUACCUGUACAUUGGAUUCUCGCCGAACAGUGUCUUCUUUUUCUGUGGGAGACCCCAAUGAUCAAGGCCAAGUACCACAAGAAUCGAGUGAAGUUUUCUGUGGUGAUGUUGGAUCUGAAGCUUCUUUCAGCACCCUACGAAGGAGUACUUCUCUGGAAGCCCCAAAAGAGCAGGGUCAGGGACUGCAGAAAUUUAUUGGAGCCAGUGUUGAUGUUGGAUCCAAAGCUACUUUCAACACCUCACAAAUGGAUAGUUCUUUCCAAGAGUCAAAACUACCUCCCAUACCAUCAUUCUCAGAGUUUGUCAACAGAAAAGCAAAAGAGAGCCGAUCGAAUCUUUCAUCAUCAUUGAACAAGGAAUCACCCUCCAGGGCACAAAAGAAUGCAGGGAAAAGGAUGAGAAUGCAGUAGAAUGACACACUGGUGGUUUUAUCAGUUUUGUGUUCAUGUUGUUUGUUGAUAUUGUCCUUUUGUGGUAUGUUGCUUACCAUUUUUACAUAUUGUAUGCAAGAAUCAAGGUUGCUGAUCUGAAAUACAGUUCUGUGGGAGCCCAAAGGCAGUCUUCUGUUCUUUGUACAUAAAAGGAGGGGGAGGUUAGUGUUUUACUCUAUUCCUUUUGUUGGUAGUGCUAUUGCACUGAAU